AUGGAUUUCUAUUAUUCACCCGCCUCAGCACCUUGUCGUGCUGUUCUGAUGACAGCGCAAUGUGUUGGCAUUGAAUUGAACAAAAAAAUGUUGGAUUUGCGCGCUGGUGAACACCUGAAGCCCGAAUUUCUAAAGAUAAAUCCACAGCAUACCAUUCCAACACUGGUGGAUAAAGACUUUGCCGUAUGGGAAUCUCGCGCGAUUAUGAUUUACUUGGUGGAGCAGUAUGCCAAAACCGAUUCCUUGUACUCCAAAUGCGCGGAAACGCGUGCGCUCAUCAAUCAACGCCUGUACUUUGACAUGAAUUUCUCCAUGGUUUUCGGCCGGUAUAUCUAUGUGCCUUUGACGACGGGAACCCCUUUUGAUCCGGAACAGUUUAAGAAGUUGGAAACUGAACUGCAGCUGCUCAAUACCUUGUUGGCUGGAAAUAAUUUUGCUGUUGGAAAUUCUCUGUCUUUAGCCGAUUUGUCGCUUUUGGCCACAAUCAGCACAAUCGAUGUGUGUUCAACUGUGAAAGGUGCCAAUAUUGAUAUUAAGAAAUAUGCGAAUAUAAAAAAAUGGUAUGAGAAUAUGAAGGCCGUCGCACCUGGCUACAAAGCGAAUUAUGAAGGUUGUUUGGAGUUUAAGAAGUACUUCGAUGCCAAAUAAGUAUUACAUAUAUGAAAUUGCUUGAUUGUAUUUGUUAAGUGUGGAAUAUAUAUUUUCUUUCUUUUGUAAA